AUGAACGUGUCUCUAAAUCUUCAUUCCCUAGCAAAACCAGUCCAAAGAGUUGUACUCGGCAACCAGCAACAACUACAAUCCCCAGCCCAGCAAAGAGAAAAACGACAGUCGCCACAGAAGAAAACUGAUGCCGCCAUUUCGCUCCUGCAACUUUGUAAAAAUAGCAAAGAACUUGUCCAGGUACACUCCCUCCUCAUUAAAACCUCACUCAUUCGAGAAAAACAUGCAUUUGGUCGCCUACUUUCCUUUUUCGCGGCCUCUUCCGAACCGGGUACUCUUGAUUAUGCCCAAAGGCUCUUUGACAAUGUUGAUUUUCCGAGGAAUUCCUUCAUCUACAACACCAUGAUCAAAGCUUAUCUGAUUCGGGGUAAUCCGAGGAUCAGUUUUCUUGUCUACUACCAAAUGUUAUGCGAAGGCUCCAUUUUUCCUGACGAGUUCACUUUUACUUUCGUUUUUGCUGCCUGUUCUAAGUUGUCCUCUGUUUCCGAGGGUAAGCAGGCCCAUGCUCAGAUGGUAAAAUACCCACUUCGGUUCGGAACCCAAUCUUGGAAUUCGUUGUUGGAUUUCUAUGCGAAGAUAAGAGAGAUGGGAUCGUUGGGGCAACGAUUGUUUGAUCAAAUUGAGGAACCCGAUAUCAUUUCUUGGAAUUGUUUGCUUGAUGGGUUUGUGAAAUCAGGGGAGCUUGAUGCUGCACGGGCGAUUUUCGACGUAAUGCCUCAGAGGGAUACUGUUUCUUGGACCAGUAUGCUUGUGGGUUUUGCCAAUGCGGGCUUGAUGAGCGAAGCUUCUAAAUUGUUUGAUAAUAUGCCAGAGCGCAACUUGGUUUCUUGGAGUGCGAUGAUUAGUGCGUGUGUGCAAAUGGGUCGAUAUAGGGAGGGGUUGGAUCUUUUCAAACAGAUGCAAGUUGCAGGCAUCAAGACAGAUAAGAUCACGAUGACGACAUUGCUGUCUGCUUGUGCGAGGUUGGGAGCGCUUGAUCAGGGUCAAUGGUUUCAUGCCUAUAUAGACAAAUAUAUGAUAGAAAUCGAUGCCCAUCUAUCUACUGCUUUAGUUGAUAUGUAUGCUAAAUGUGGGAAGAUUGAUAUUGCUCUCAAAGUCUUUCGACGUUCAGGACAUAAGAAGGUGUUUUUAUGGAAUGCCAUUCUAGGAGGCCUUGCUAUGCAUUCGCGUGGGAGGGAAGCUGUUGAACUGCUAUCGGAAAUGUUAGAGGAAGGGAUAAAGCCCAACCAGAUCACCUUCCUUAGUGUUUUAGCAGCAUGUAGCCACUCGGGUCUAGUUGAUGAUGGGUUGCGAAUAUUUCACAUUAUGAUGAAUGACCACAAUAUUAGGCUUACCAUGGCGCACUAUGGAUGCAUAGUGGACCUUUACGCCCGUGCGGGCUUGUUGAAUGAUGCAAAACGGUUUAUAGAAACCAUGCCAAUGGAAGCUGAUGGAAGUGUAUGGAGAGCGCUCCUUGGUGCUUGUAGACUUCAUGGUAAUGUCAAUUUGGGAGAGCACAUAGGGAGGAUCUUACUUGAACUGGAGCCAUCAAAUGAUGGAAAUUACGUGCUUCUAUCAGAUAUUUAUGCAAUUGGUAAGAGGUGGGAGGAUGUUGGUAAGCUGCGAAGGGAGAUGAAGGUGAGUGGGGUUCGGAAGAUGCCCGGUUGCAGCUCCAUUGAGUUAAAUGGUGUCAUCCAUGAGUUUGUUGCAGGUGACGGUUCCCACCCAGAGAGUCUUAAGAUUUAUAGAAUGUUGGAUGAGAUGGCCCCUUUACUAGGUGCCAGGCAUGCAUAG